CAUGUGGGGCUGCCUGCCUGCCGACAGUCGCGCUCGGUGACGUAGUUCUGCCACAGACGUUCUCGCAGACAGUCACAAUGUCGGGAGCAUCGAUUUCCUACCCCCACCACAACCACGGAGGCUUCUCGGCAGCGGCAGACGGCGGCCGAUCGUCGUGUCAGUCGAGGACCGAUCUCCGGUCAGUAGAGAACGCAAUGGCGACGUGCUAUCCCGCGUAUGAACUUACUCCUCCACAGAGGACAGUGCCCGUGCAAAAGGACUACUCCAGACCGCUUCACGUCGAUUGCAGCGUGGAGUACGAACUGCCCAACACGGCCAAGCCACCUCAGGGCGUGAGGAACGAACCGCUGCUCAUGAUCCACCCCUGCUACUUCAGGAAGAUCGAGAGCCAACGAAGGAGUCCCUUCAUCAACAACCUGCCCACCAGACCGGCCGUUGCGGUGGCUGUAGCCGCCAAGAGGAGGAUGCCCAGAGGACAACAGUUGCCUCAGCAAGUGCCGCAGCAGGCGGCUCAGUACCCCGUUCAGUAUUCGGCGGCGGCCACUCAAGUGGCGGCGGACACCAGACAGCUCUGGGAACCGAUGCCACCUCUAGUGCCAAUCUCAGCGGCUCAGCCUUACUGCAAACGCGAACCUCUGGUCUCUGCCUGUAACACCUACAGCUCUUCCGGAAGCGACUCCGGCCACUGGACGGACCCGGACCGCUCGCCCGACCGUCCGGAGGACAAACAUAUCCUGUCCGGGAAGUACCGGCAGUAUCUGAGGGCGCACAGACUGCACCCGUACAUGAGUUCGGCCAUUCCGCUGGCCUCCACGUUCCCUCAGAUCCAGCAGGUGUGCUAUAACGUGUGAUCGCUGUGAUAUGUUUUUGUCGAUGAUUGGUCGAAACCCUUCUUGUGAUAAUAGUGUGUAAUUAUGUGAAGACGACGGCGACCACACUCCGGGCGCAAGCGUCAGGCUCCGGGCGUGGUAGUGAUCCUGCUGAUUCAUCAGCUGAGUGUCUAUCUGUGCAACUGCUACCUAUCCCCUGUUUUUGGAUUAAUUUUUUCAUCAUCAAACAUGUGCUACAGCUACUCUACAUCAACCGCCACUGGAUUAAUCUUACAAGUGAACUCAUUCAUACAUUGCAGUGCAGUUUUUUGUUCUCCUUCUCGUACUUCUACUACAAGCUGUGAAUGUUUUCAGAUUUUUGCGACAAUUCUACGUUUUUAAUGCCAAUUCUUCUCUUUAAUCGAUAUUCAGAAUCCAUCUAAAAGUUGUACAGCAAAGAACCGGUUCUUAAACUUGGAUAUAUACGGGUAUUCAUUUGAUAUUCCCAGGAUACACAAAAUUAAAAAAAAAGCAUAAUCGCUAAUAGAAUAUUUCCCUUUAAACAGCUGUUCUUGUAAGCUAGCAUAACAAAAGCUUUAUAUAUCCUAUGUCUUUCAUUAGGUAUCUAGGUUAGGUAUUUGUAUAAUAUACACCAAAAAAUGUUAAAAACUAUUGUGGCAGAAUAAAUAUUUACGGGUCCUUAAUAUAAUAAAAUAUAUAGCUAGUAUUUAAAUAGACAAUACAUGUCGUGACGUAUUUUAUAAAGAAAAAACUACGAAAAAAAUAUCUUGAUGUAAUCGGUAGUUGAGGGAAACUAAUCACUUUCAUUUUUAUAAGAUUUUUAUUAUUAGUCGCAAGGGUUUGAGUUCAUUCAUGUAAGUCUUUGCAGAUGAGAUGUUGAGUACUCGGAAGAAAAAAAAAUUAUUUUGCUUUAGCUUGCGCGUAGUUAUUUACCGACGUAACUGACCUAAACCAACCUGAGUUGUUAUCAAAUGAUUUUUCGAAGAAUAGAACUAUUAAUUCGGUGAUUUCAGAUUAUUAGGUUUUUUCGGUUGCCGUCGGCAUCAGUUCAGUUAACUUCAAUCAGUUCUAAUAGGUCAGACGCAGGUUCUUGUUUAUUUAUUGUUUAUGUUUAAUGUGAAAGUAAUUUAAAUAUUGUGUGUUAUUAAAAAAUCGACUGAAAAAUUCUAGUUUGUAUAUGAAAAUGGGAGUGUAGAUAUUUUUUGUUACCUACCGGAAUAUUUGUACAUUUUUUAGUUGAAUCUAGAGCAUUCCAACAACAUUUUUUAAAAUCUUUUAGGCUCUAUUAAUAGUGGGAUACACAUAAAUCGACUGUAGAUUUUUGUAUGAUUAGUGAUAAAGUUUAGUUUCUGUCCCACUGUUCAUAGUUAGUUGUAUAAAGUUAGUUGACAAUACUACUACUAAUAAAUAAGGUCGUCGCAUUUUGUUUGAUGCCAUACAUAAUUUCAAGAAAAAUCAGUGUCAAAUUUAGAUUUUAGUUGACCUUUGAAUUGUAUUCCAUAUUUUUACAGUAUACCAAAUAAUUUUAUGUAAUACGAACAAACUUUUCGGCUCAAACGGAACUUCAGGGUAAACCUCGUAAAAGUACUGAAAUAUUUUUUAUGUGGUUCUAGAAUUUAUUUUUAUAAAACUCGAACUCGUAUUAUAAUCGUUCCAAUAUAGUUUUCGGGGAAUUUUGAGCCGUUCAGUUUUCCAUAGACAAAGCAACAUCAUUCGUUCUAUGGCUAAUUCUACACCAAAGAAAUAUCUAUCACUGUAUAUAUUAAACUGGAAAUGCAUUGUUUAGGGGAUAUAUCACUCUACUCAAUUGAAAAAUGUGAAUAUGUAUAAAAUAUUGCUAUAUAUAUUGUACAGCUAGUCAUAGUCAAAAUACGCUUAUAAAAUAUAAUAAAACGUGUUACUGUUUUUAUAGAAUGAA